UCCCCAAUAGAUGUCAGUGUGGUCGAAAAUAAAAAGGGCUCCCUCCCCUCCUCAUUCUCCUCCCUCCGCGAAAGUGUGUGCGUUUUGAAAGGUUGUAUUUAUCUCGCUAACGUCACUUUACAGGAGUACAUUGGCGGAGUGAUAACAUCAGAAGUCACUGUCGGAGCCACGCAUCCUCAUACUGACUGAGUUCAAAGAAGGUCGUGUUCUGUCCGGGACAGGGUACGGCGGCAUACACCCGAUGCAUGGAAUGGAGUUCAUAUAUCUCGGAUCCCCCACAAAUGCAACGUGACAGUUCUAAACGUUUAAUUCAAGGUCAAUAUUGGACUUCGAUCAGGUGUAACCGCGGACAUUAUUGAGGAUAUUUGUCUUCUUGUGGAACCGGAAUUGUAUGAGCAGCAUCUUUUUCCCGGUCGGCGGUGAGCAAUGACAUCUUUCACCGAAGAGGUUAACCUACGCUCCCAGUAUCUAAAACAACAUUUCGGACCAAGUGUUCAAUUAAAAAAAUUGCUAUUUAGGAGAGGAUAUGUAACUAGCUAACUAACAUAGCACUGUAGCCGUGUCUUGAGCUCUCCAGGUCCGGUGUACCUUCGACGUUUCCUGAUUUCACGAAUGGUGUUAGUCAGCUUGCCACAGUACCUGGAACUGCUGCAUCCAUCUCAAAUAGCUUACUAAAGUUUCCUAGCUAGCCAGCCAAUUGUCGAACAUGGAUAUUUUGUGGGUCCUUUGGAAAACCACUUGCUAGUGAGGAAAGUGUGUUCAUUACACGCACACCCCCCCCUAAAUUCUUUAAGUUAAAAAAACGAAUUUCAACAUGUCUGUUCGCGUAGCUUUACACUCACCCAGUGGCUCCAGAAGUUUUCUGGAGCGGGGACUCCUACUUCUGGUGAUGUUGAUCUUUCUGGAGGGUACCGUACUGACGCUUGGAGCUGCCAGCUCACCGGACAUCAGCGCGCAGGACAACACUGGAGGACAUGACCACCGAGGGAUAGAGGGCAGCCACGUCCAUACUAACUACACAUACACAAAAAAGGCCUUCCCUGUCCUGUCUCUAGAUUACCAUCACAUACAGGUGCCUUUCGAGAUCUCUUUAUGGGUGCUGCUGGCCUCUUUAAUGAAAUUAGGGUUCCACCUGAUCCCGCGGCUGUCCAGCAUCGUGCCCGAGUCCUGUCUGCUCAUUGUGGUGGGCCUCCUGGUCGGCGGCCUCAUCAAGCUGGCGGGCGAGGAGGUACCCCCCGUGCUGGACUCCAAUCUCUUCUUCCUGUGCCUCCUCCCCCCGAUCAUCCUGGAUGCGGGCUACUUCCUGCCCAUCCGGCCCUUCAUGGAGAACAUCGGCACCAUCCUGAUGUUUGCUGUGGUCGGCACCCUGUGGAACGCCUUCUUCGUAGGGGGUCUCCUCUAUGCCGUGUGCCAGAUCGAGGGCACAUACCUGAGCCAGGUGGAGCUGCUGCCCUGCCUGCUGUUCGGGAGCAUCAUCUCGGCCGUGGACCCGGUGGCCGUGCUGGCUGUGUUUGAGGAGAUCCACAUCAACGAGCUGCUGCACAUUCUGGUAUUUGGAGAGUCGCUGCUCAAUGAUGCCGUCACUGUGGUCUUAUACCACCUGUUUGAGGAGUACUCUGGCGCAGGUGAGGUAACGCCGAUGGACGUGGUCCUCGGGGUCAUCUGCUUCCUGAUUGUGUCGCUGGGCGGCAUCGCCGUGGGCGCCAUCUACGGUAUCCUGGCGGCCUUCACCUCCCGGUUCACCUCGCACACCCGCGUCAUCGAGCCCCUCUUCAUGUUCGUUUACAGCUACAUGGCUUACCUCUCGGCGGAGAUGUUCCACCUGUCUGGAAUUAUGGCGCUGAUUGCGUGUGGCGCGGUGAUGCGUCCCUACGUGGAGGCCAACAUAUCCCACAAGUCCCACACCACCGUCAAGUACUUCCUGAAGAUGUGGAGCAGCGUGAGCGAGACCCUCAUCUUCAUCUUCCUGGGCGUGGCCACGGUGGCCGGGCCGCACGCCUGGAAUUGGACCUUUGUCUCCGUCACAGUCAUCCUUUGUCUGGUGUCACGUGUCAUUGGCGUGGUGGGCCUUACCUUUAUCAUCAACAAGUUCCGCAUCGUCAAGCUGACCACCAAGGACCAGUUCAUUGUGGCCUACGGUGGCCUGCGAGGGGCCAUCGCCUUCUCCCUGGGCUACCUGCUAGACAAGGACCUCUUCCCCAUGAGGACCAUGUUCCUCACCGCCAUCAUUACCGAAAUCUUCUUCACCGUGUUUGUACAGGGCAUGACUAUCAAACCCCUGGUGGACCUGUUGGCCGUGAAGAAGAAGCAGGAGGCCAAGCGCUCCAUCAAUGAGGAGAUCCACACCCAGUUCCUGGACCACCUGCUGACUGGCAUUGAGGACAUCUGUGGACACUAUGGCCAUCACCACUGGAAAGACAAGCUAAACCGAUUCAACAAGAAGUACAUAAAGAAGUGCCUGAUAGCGGGCGAACGCUACAAGGAGCCGCAGCUCAUCGCCUUCUACCACAAGAUGGAGUUCAAGCAGGCCAUCGAGCUGGUGGAGAGCGGCGGGGGCGUCAAGCUGCCCUCCGCCAUGCCCUCGCAGGUCUCCAUGCAGAACAUCCAGCCCAAGAAGCUGCCGCCCCCUGUAGCAGAGCGGGCCCUGCCUCAGUUCACCAAGGGCCGAGAGGAGGAGAUCAGGAAGAUCCUCAGAAGUAACCUGCAGAAGACCCGCCAGAGGCUGCGCUCCUACAACAGACACACUCUGGUGGCCGAUCCCUUCGAGGACGGAUGGAACGACUUCCUCCUGAAGAAGCAGAGGUUGAUCGAGCUAGAGAAGAAGAUGACAGAGAUGAGUAACUACCUCACAGUCCCUGGCGCAAUUCCUGACUCCCCCACCAUGUGCAGAGCCAGACUGGCUUCAGACCCCAACGCCUUCUACAACAUCAAGGCGUCUUCAGACGGCGUCCCCACCAUCCAGGUGGACCUGGCCUCCCCCCAGUCCCCGGACUCUGUCAACAUGCUGAACGAGUUCUCCAAGGAGGGUCACACGGGCCAGGGCCUGGGUCAGAGGGAGGGUGCCACGGGCCAGGGCCUGGGUCAGAGGGAGGGUGCCACGGGCCUGGGCCUGUGUCAGAGGGAGGGGGCCGACCGGGAUGAGGACCAAGGCCUGAUGAUGAAGCCGCCUGGGAAAGGGGAGAAGGGAGAGGAAGAGGGGGGCAACAAGAACCCAGGGCUGAUGAGGUGUCUGAGUGACCCGGGACCCAGUAAUGAGGACGAGGAGGAUGAACCAUUCCUUCCCUAAAAAAAAGACUAGCUCCUCCCAUUGUGAGGAAUAGGGAGGGGCCUGGUUGUAGCGGCUCCUCCCCAUGAGCGGGGCACUACAGGGGAAAGGUCCACCUCCUCUCACUCCACCACCACCUCAUUUGAGUUUGCUAUCCCAUUGGUUGAGGAACAAAUAAAGCCAAAACGGUUAAGAAAGGACUUGGGACAUUUAUGAACCAAAAGAGAAAAGGAUACUAAAUAGCCAUCUUUUUUCAAUAGUUGUCAUUGCUCUUUUUUCAUUGUUUAAGUGAUAGGAAGGCAGUCGCCACCUUGGGUGAUCUUGGGCUUGGUGGGAAUUAUCCCGAGAGACAGGGGAACAUAAUUAUGCGUUACCAAAGGGUUGGACUGGUUUAGUCACAGACAAUGUUCCACAUUUUGUCUUCAUAACAUUUACGAUCGUUCUUCUACUUUCAAGAAAAGUUGGCCUCAUUUUUUUUUUGUCAGACAGAGUAAACCCCUUUUCACUAGGUGCAUUGUAUCACACAAUUAACCUCUUAAACUGCAUGUUUUUAAUUUCAGGGUUAAUAUGAGGCUGUUGUUUAUGUGGUUGUCUUCUGUCAUCGUUUGUCCUUCAGUUGGUCAGGGUUCUACGUGGUGUACUCGGUGCUGUACACUGGAUGUUUUCACUGUGCUAAACUCGACAGACCUCUUUCUUCACCACCUCGCCUAUGGAGACCCUAAGUCUAAGGAAUGUGUCAAGCGCCAGACUUGAAAAUGUUGCAUCGCCGUUUAAAGCGUCGCCUCUCUAUUUUAAUCGAACAUACAAAAUCGUCUGCAUCGCUGAGAUGUGUAUGCUGUGCAGUAGAAGGUCAUUUACAUAAAAGAAGGAUUGUGAUGCAACACCAAGAGAUUUGUUGAUCUUGAAUGGACUUCACUCCCCUCUAUAAGCCAAUCCCUAAAAUCACACCAAAUACUGUAAUACUCCUGACACCCAGCCCAAAAAACUGUUUUGAGUUCAAAUAAUUUACAAAGACAAAUUUGUAUGUGCACUGUAGUGGACAUAAAGAAAAAGUUGAUAGUAAAUAUGAAGAAUGUAUAUUACAGUAAAUGGGUACAGUAGGUAAACAUAGUUGUCACAUCCUGAUGUCUACUACAGAGGGCAUUUAUAAACAAGCUCUUAUUUAGCUCGUAUUGAAUUUGGAAAAAAAUGGUUACACUGCUCUGAAAACCAUCCACAUUCUUUAAGAUAUUUACUAGAAGGAAUUUCAAUUCAAACUCACAAAAAUUACAAUUACACAAAUACAUACACUUACCUUCUUACCACAGCAUAUGCUAAUUGUGUUCUCAGCCAUUUUGAAAAUCCAGGAAGAGAACGUUAUCUAGGCCACACCCCCACUCAUGUGAUAUCAUUGGAUAAACCCAGAAUGUCCUACAACAGGACUUAACACAGUGGCAUGUCAAAGAGAAUGGACAAAAAUGAAUUGUUGGGUCUCAGGAGGAUAUGUUACAAGUUCCCUUUAAGAAAAGGCUCUAGUAUGGGCCAUUUCAGAACCAUUUUGUGGCGUUUUCUCCAUAUUCUCUUGUCGGUAGUCGCAUUUUACAAUUCAUGUUGCAUCUUAUGACUCUGAUCUAUUCUCUCUUUGCACCUUAUUCACAUCAAGUAUUUUUGACAUUUUUAAAAGACCCCGUUGCCGGUUUAACGUUCCUCAUUUGGUUUUUAGCGCUCCCCUUUUGAAAAUUGUGUUCCAUAGCCAUUUUGGAGUUUUAGGCAUCACUGUGAAGGAUAUGAGGUGUGGGUGGACUGAACAGAUCUUUUCUCGUCUAACCACCUCAAUGGCCCAGAAUAUAUAUUUACUCGUCCACCAUCAUAGGUAUGUUGACUUUGUCAAUCCACAACAGACACAAUCAUGACACGCGGGUUAAAAUAUCAAAACCAACGAUGUUAAUUUGGGGCAGGUCGAAACACACAUGAAACAUUCAUAGACAUUUAGCCAGCUAGCUUUUGCUAGCUAGUUUAUCCUAGGAGAUGGACAUUGGGUUGUUAUUUUAACCGACCUGCAUACGGUCUGAUUAUUAGUCAAAAUCGUGCUUCUCUACUCCGAUUAAUCCACAGGUAAAAAGGGAAACGUAGUUCGUUAUCUCUAGUUAAUCUCUCCUCGUUUUGUCUUUCAAGCGUUCGCGCGGGUUUGUAUCUUCCUGAUAUCCAAUAAGGAGGGGACUUGCAGUGCGACCAAUGGAACCAAGUUCCAUUUUAGCGCUUGGCUACGCAGACGCUUGGUCACAUACGCGAGCACCAAAUGCCCGAUGAGGUUUGCAUGUUAUUUAAAAUGCUGGCCUGGAGAUACAGGCAUGGGCAGAAGUAGCAGUUCAAUGCAGUAUAUUGGUGUGAAAUGUGUAUAGCGAUAUAUUGAUUAUAACCAUUUAAUUGAACGAUGCCCUUUUAAAGCAUAUGCCAUGAUGUGAUCUUGUCAAUGCAAACGAAGAGGUAAUCACGGGCUAGCUAGUUAUAAGUAAAUUCACAUCUGAACGCAAGAGCCAACACCUAUUCUGCUCGCACAACAGCGUAAGGCUAAUCUAGGGUUUGUAUAAAACUAUGAAAACCUUGUCAUGUACAGUAUAUGGUUGUAUAGGUAUUAUGUAUACAGUGCAUUGCUUCUCUUUUCUACACCAAGCCUUAGGAUCAAUAGGAACAAUUGAAUAAUUGAUUUUGAUUUGAAAAGGCUGUUAGCUAUAUUGUCAAUGUGAUUACUGUUGUUCAUCGAUCUGAACAUCUCAACGGGACAUUCAACCACUUUUAGGUGCGAAGUAAAUUGCACCUAACAUUGAUUCAAUAGUGUAGCAACCCCUCAUCCCACCUACUGUAUAACCAUCUUAGAUUUGUAACAUGAGUGACAACUUUAGCUGGAGUCUGUAACUGUCUCAACUAGAGAAGCCUAAGAUGUCCUAGAUCGUGGCCUAGUUUGCUGGCUGUCACCUUGGUGUUAGAAUGACCCUUGUCCCUCUCUGACCUCUGUGUGCUAUCACUUUAUGCCCAGAGAGUGAGAGAGGGGUCUCCUUACAGCUUAGGAGAGAGGUCUCCUUACAGUUUAGGGGAGGGGAGAGAGAGGUCUCCUUACAGUUUAGGGGAGGAGAGAGGGAGAUCUCCUUACAGCUUAAAGGAGGAGAGAGCGAGAGAGGUCUCCUUA